GUUCAGUGAGAGAUGGCUUUUGCUCCUGCUCCACUAGUUCUUAGACCCAGCUUGUUCAUCGUCAUUGUUAUAGCAUCAGUAGGGGUACCUUAUACAUUAUCCGAGAGUGCACGAGUUUUCACCGUUGUAAACUACUGCAAGGAGGCAAUAUGGCCAGCAAUAACAAACGCUGAAAACAUCACAGGCGGUGGCUUCGCUCUUAAACCGGGCCAAUCCGCCGUCUACACCGCUCCGCUAGGGUGGCACGGUCGGAUCUGGGGUCGGACAGGCUGUAAUUUUGACAAGAAUGGUAACGGAAAGUGUGAAACGGGCAGUUGUGGUACCUUGCUCAAUUGCACCAGGCCCGGUGACCCGCCCACCUCAAUUGCCGAAUUUACCCUUGGGGAUAUAGAUUUUUACGAUGUUAGCCUUGUGGAUGGCUUUAAUCUUCCCAUGGUUGUUAAACCUAAUAGUAAUGGUAAAGGAAAUUGUAGCACCGCAGGUUGCGACGGCGACUUGAGGCAAAAUUGCCCGCCGGAGCUUCAAGCUAAGGACGAUGGGAAAGUCAUCGCUUGCCGGAGCGCUUGUGAUGUGUUCAACACCGACGACUACUGCUGUCGAGGAAUGUUUGGAAACCCUAUGACGUGUUUGCCUACAAAUUAUUCAAGAAGUUUCAAACAGUUUUGCCCUGCAGCAUACAGCUAUGCAUACGAUGAUCGUACCAGUAUUAUUACAUGCUCUGGAACGGACUAUACUGUAAGCUUCUGUGGAUCAAGGAACCAGACAAUGUGCUCAUAUCAUGAUAACAAGCUCGUUUGUAAUGGAUCGAAGAGCCUAAGAGCAGUUCUCUCACAGAAAUGGUGGGGUUGGAUAUUGGCAAUAUUGCCCUUCAUGUUGUUUAUUGAUUUUCACACAAUUCCUUAGCAAAAUCCAUAUAGUGUUAAUAGU